CUCGCGGGCUGCUGGCUGGCCCGGCCUCACGGCGCGGGGACCCUGCCAGCCAUGGCCCAGCCUGGCGACCAGGCUCUGCCCGGGCCCGAGACCAGAGUGCAGAUCCGUGUCGCCAUCCAGGAGGCCGAGGACGUGGAGGAUCUGGAGGAGGACGACGAGGGGACCUCGGCGCGGCCAGCGGGGGACCCGGCCCGGUACCUCAGUCCCGGCUGGGGCAGCGCCAGUGAGGAGGAGCCGAGCCGCGGGCACAGUGCUACGGCAAGUGGAGGUGAGAACGAGCAUGAAGAACUGGAGCCGGAGUGGAAGCCGCCAGACGAGGAGCUCAUCAGGAAGCUGGUGGACCAGAUUGAGUUCUACUUUUCUGAUGAGAACCUGGAGAAGGACGCCUUCCUGCUCAAGCACGUGCGGAGGAACAAGCUGGGCUACGUGAGCGUCAAGCUGCUCACCUCCUUCAAGAAGGUCAAACACCUCACGCGGGACUGGAGGACCACCGCGCACGCCUUGAAGUACUCCGUCACCCUGGAGCUGAAUGAGGACCACCGGAAGGUCAGGAGGACCACCCCUGUGCCACUGUUCCCCAACGAGAGCCUCCCCAGCAAGAUGCUGCUGGUGCACGACCUGCACCUGUCCCCCGAGCUCUGGGCGCCGGCCACGCCCCAGAAGAACGGACGGGUGCAGGAGAAGGUGAUGGAGCACCUGCUCAAGCUCUUCGGGGCUUUCGGAGUCAUCUCCUCCGUGCGGAUGCUCAAACCCGGGCGGGAGCUGCCCCCCGACAUCCGGAGGAUCAGCAGCCGCUACAGCCAGCUGGGGACGCAAGAGUGCGCCAUCGUGGAGUUCGAGGAGGUGGACGCGGCCAUCAGGGCCCACGAGUUCAUGGUCGCCGAGUCUCAGGGCCGGGCGAACAUGAAGGCCGUGCUGAUCGGCAUGAAGCCGCCCAAGAAGAAGCCCCCCAGGGAUAAGAACCACGACGACGAGCCCGCCCCCAGCCCGCACCUCGGCAGGUCCCUGAACAGGAGAGUGGAGGAGCUGCAGUACGCGGCGGACGAGUCGUCCGCCAACAGCUCCUCCGACCCCGAGAGCAAUCCCGCCUCUCCAAUGGCGGGCCGGCGCCACGCGGCCGCCGGCAGGCUCAGCCCCGCGGGCCACCAGGGCCUGUUCCUGAGCCCGAACGCCUCCCCCUGCUCCAGCCCCUGGAGCAGCCCGUCGGCGCAGCGCAAGGGCGUGCCCAGGAAGUCCCCGCUGGCGGAAGAAGGCAGGCUGAGCUGGAGCAGCAGCCCCGAGGCCUUCCGGCGCUGCGUGGAUUACUCCUCCGACAGCAGCGCCACGCCCUCGGGCAGCCCCUGGGUUCGCAGACGCCGCCAGGCCGAGAUGGGGACUCAGGAGAAAAGCCCGGGGGCGAGCCCGCUGCUGUCUCGGAAGAUGCAGACGGCAGACGGGUUGCCCGUGGGGGUGCUGCGGCUGCCCAGAGGCCCUGACAACACCAGGGGCUUCCACGGCGGACACGAGAGAGGCCGAGCCUGCUCAUAACGCGCUCUAACACCAGCUGCACUGAAAACCGUCUGUGCUCCGAGGUCCUCGCCAACAGCCUGACAGAGAACGGAGUCCAGUCCCCUUAGAAAGCUUUUGUAUCCACGUAGACCUCUUAAUUUAUACAUUUGUAAGGUAGACAAAAUGUGCAGCGUGGCCUCGGCUGGGGGGUCGUCUUCUGUCUGCGAGCAGUUUUGACAGUGUCUGGCAGGAGCGAGUGUGACGGCUCUGAAGGGCUGUGGGACACAGGCUCUCUGAGAAGACCUAGAGGGGACAGGACUGGCUCUUUCCUGCAAUGCUUGGGCUGUCCUUGGCAGGCCGUGCAAGGGCCCCUCGUAAGGCUUCAAAGGAGUGUUGCUCAAUGGUGAAUCCUCCAGUCAACAACAUGAUGUCUCACAGGACUGAGUGUCUGUUCCCUGUCAAAUGAAUAAAUGAUAAAA